AUGGAACCUCCUGGACUUAUCACUAUCCCCGUUGAAACACACCUCCUCCUGGGCUGCUGCCGCGAGGCUGACGAGGCUGAGGUCGUCGCCCGGGGCCUGGACCAGCUCCGAGGGGCACUUUCAGAGUCGCUCCAUGGCCAUCUCCUUGCCCUGGCCGAGGAGAUACGGAAUACGAGCAGGUCGCUACGCGGUCUUGCUGACUGCUCUCAGGUGCACCUCACACGCGUCCCUCUCAUGACCACGUACCUGAACGUCGUGCUGCCCUGCAUCUCCCGGUCUCUAAAAGACAUCAAGGCCUACUAUGAAGACAAGACAUUGCACAGGGAAAUACGGUGGCGCAAGAUGUACAACAAAAUGACCGAGGAGGCGGGCGGUCUUCCAUUACCGCAGCGCUUCGUGCUCUACAACCACUUUCUGGCGAUGUUGAAGCAGCUACUGACCAGGUCGCCGACCUUCGACAUGAACACGCUUGAGACGCUCCGCACUCGGAUCAUUACGCUGCGUGAACAGAGAGGAAUUCCUCCGCCCCCUGCCCAAGCCGGCGCGAUGGUCCGCCAGAACCCGAUGCCUCUGGCGGUCAUACAAGACCACAGUUCGCAUUGGGCAGAGCAGAUAUUUUCUCUCCCGCUUCCGUCCCGCACAGCACUGAAGCACCUUAAACAGUCCAAAUCAUACGGCCCGUUCUAUCCUUGGGGCUAUCUAAGCGUACCACAGGACUCAAAGGUUCUCUUUAGGCGGCCCUUCGACAAUGACACGGUCUCGGUUGUGGUCUUCCUCAGUUCUACCGACAAGUGCCCGUAUCUCCUAAUGAGAACGCUGCAGAACAAUACGCCAUGGUACUCUUUGUUUGGCGCCCAUGAGCUCUGCAUUGAGCGAGAAGGAAGCGCGCUGCAGCUGAAGAGGUGGAGUCGCUCGGAGCAGUGUAGCAAACUCUGGGCAGUGUUUUAUUUCAUGACAUGGGAAGAGAUGGUGUUGUUCUACUGCACCUUCGUCGCACUGAAAGCCCGCAACCUCCUUACUGUCCAAGUCCACCCCAAUGAGUUCAAGCUGCGCAGAGAAAGACGACUUUUUCAGGCCCAAAUCGUCGACGACGGCUUUAAACACUCCCUCAUCGUGUACGAAGACAUACAGACUCGGGGCUUGCGGCUGCACGCUGCAGUGUGGGAGGGCGAACUCAGACAGUGUCCUGUUUGGACCGCCUUCGUCACGCAUCAGUCCCAGUCACCGAGAUGGCUCAGUCGGCGCUCGCGACACCGUGUUUGGCUCAAAGACGUCCAGCUCUAUGUGUUUUGCAACACAUACCGACAAGAGAACAUGCGGCAGAACAAAUCUGGUGCGUUCGAGAUAUACUUUGACAGAGAAGAAGCGGCCAAACGAUUCAAGGAACUGUUUUCUGCCAGGGCCGCCUCCUCGGAAACGUCCGACAACGAUCCUGAAACCGGUUCUUAG